AUGGAGCUGGAGCUAUCCACUUCCAGGCUAUACUCAGAUAUCCUCUACUACAAUGCUUCACAGAACCUCUCUUCUUCUGCCCUACCCAACAUCACCUUCAGUGUCCCAAGCCAGGGGGUCUCCAGAAACCAUGCUUCAAUUAUAAUGGCUGUGGCUAUCACUGCGCUAUACUCCGUGGUCUGCGUUGUGGGGCUACUUGGGAACAUCCUGGUCAUGUAUGGGAUUGUGAGAUACACCAAAAUGAAGACAGCAACCAACAUUUAUAUCUUCAAUCUGGCAUUGGCAGAUGCCCUAGCUACCAGUACCUUACCUUUCCAGAGUGCCAAAUACCUUAUGGAGACGUGGCCAUUUGGAGAAAUACUCUGCAAAAUUGUUCUGUCAAUAGACUACUACAACAUGUUCACCAGUAUUUUUACCUUAACCAUGAUGAGCGUGGAUCGAUAUGUUGCCGUCUGCCACCCUGUGCGUGCCCUGGACUUCCGAACCCCAUCUAAGGCAAAAGCUAUAAAUGUAUGCAUCUGGAUUUUAUCAUCUGUUAUCGGGGUUCCCAUUAUGGUUAUGGCAGUUACUAAAUCAAAUAAAGCUGGAGCAAUUGUUUGUACUCUUCAGUUUCCCCGCCCAGAUUGGUACUGGGACACUGUUACCAAAAUCUGUGUUUUCAUUUUUGCUUUUGUGGUGCCAGUCUUGGUUAUCACAGUAUGUUAUGGGUUGAUGAUCCUCCGUCUUCGGAGUGUGCGACUUCUGUCUGGAUCAAGAGAAAAAGAUCGAAAUCUUAGACGCAUCACCCGUAUGGUUUUAGUUGUGGUGGCUGCCUUUAUCAUCUGCUGGACACCCAUCCAUAUAUUUGUCAUUGUGUGGACCAUGGUGGAUAUUGACAAAAAAAAUCCCUAUGUCAUAGCCAGCUGGCAUUUUUGUAUUGCCCUGGGAUACACCAAUAGCAGUCUUAACCCAGUUCUCUAUGCGUUUUUAGAUGAAAAUUUUAAGAGAUGUUUCAGAGAAUUCUGCCUUCCCUUCCGAUCUCAUUCUGAGCAGAGCAGCUUCAGUCGAGGUCGCAACACCACCCGUGAUCAAGUGUCCACAUGUGCUCAGUCACACGCACCAGACAAGCCGGUAUGA